ACGGCACUUCCGUCUACUACAAGAGGAUUGGUACGCUCUGGAUGACGUCACCGGUCAUUUCAAAUUUCAAAACAGCUGCGUUGACUUUUAAGUACUUUGGGGUUUUGGAUGGCCAACAAAACGACAGGAACAAUGCGCGGCGUAGUCGAGGCGUUGACGCAGAUGGUGAGGACCUUCCGACAAGCGUGCCCUCGGCUGCAGCGGUCCGAGCGGACCACCGUCCACGGUGCCGACGCCAUGCUGCUGGUGCUGCAGCUGGCCGUGGCUGACGUGCGCAAGCAGCUAAGCGGGGAGUUCAAGGUGGCUCUCAGCGACGUCCUGCUGGCGUGGAAACACUUACUGCUGCACAAGCUUCACCUGCAGACCCCCGAGGCGCCACGCUUGGAGAACUAUGAUCUCAUCCUGGAGGCCUACGAGGGCUUCCUGGAGAGCUCCAACACGGUGGACCUGGUGGACGUCCACUCGGCGUACAAAGAGCUGGGGGGGGACUCUGAGGAGCUUGUGAGCCCUGUCCAGCUGUUUGAGUUCUUAUCAGGCCACGCCACAGAUGGUCCUGCCUCGUCUUUCCCGUCAACACCAUCUCGCUCACAGCAGGUCAUCAAAACGGCGGUGAGAAGAGUCUUCUGCUCCUACCUGAGCUUGCUCGUCAACACCAAGGACGACCUGGCCUUGGCGCUCACGCUCGACGUCCCCAGCCGCUCUCUGGGCCGCCGGACCUUCACGGACGUGAAACACGCGGCGCGAAGCAGCAGCACGUCCCUCUUUUUGGCGCUGACGUCUUUCGUGAGGGCCAUCCAGCUCGGCGGUAAGGGUUACGCUCCGGCCGAGACGGACCCGCUGAGGAAGCACGUCAAGGGCCUGUGCAGCUUUGUGCAGUUCCUGGACGACCUGGAGGAGAUCCUGGGGGAGACGCCUGACCCGAGUGCGUGCGGUGCCAAGCUGGUGUCGGCCAUUCGGGCGGCGCUGGUCAAAGGGUGCUCCGGCGGGGACGCGGUGAGCGCCGCGACCGAGGAGACUGCGACCGAGCUGAAGGCUAGGAUCUGCGAGCUGAACCGGGAGCGGAAGGAAACCUCGCCGGGAGACGGGACGGGGAUCAGCCCUGCCAGGCCCAAAGCGUACGCGGUCAACCACGCAACGGCGUACGGAGGCCGCGACACCGUCAAGCUACUGAUGGCGCUGCUGGACGAAGAAGCCCUGAGGCCGCCCUGCGCCAACAAGGCCGAUCUGCUGUCCGAGGACCAGCCGGUCCUGAAUGGAAGCCAGGGCACCAGUGUCCUCGCCUUGUUCAGAUCCCCAGAAGUGUCUACUGGAUCGUCACCGGAGCCCCUCAAGAACAGAGUCCAGAGCCGCCUGGACCCGCUCAGACCCAAGGUGGGACCCAGAACCAUCCGAUCCCAGUUCGCCUGCACUUACACAGAUGAGGGACCGGAACCACCCCUCAACCGCGUCCUGGACUUCCACAGCACCAGCCAGGUCCCGACUUGCGUGCACCCGGCGCCCAAACCCAGAACCUUGGACGCCGAGGCCCCGUCGUCAGGAAGCAGGGUCCUCGCUGCGAGGAGCGGAAACGCCCCCCUGGUCCGAUACCCGGACCACAAGAAGAGGAAGCGGCCCGACGAGAUUCUGGAAAAGGUCCGAGGUGAGGCAAAGCAGACCAAGACCAGGACAAAGUGCGGCGCCAAGAAGAAGCUGAUUGCGGGACAAGCGACGCUCAGCAGCUUCUUCAGGGUUUGAGCAGAAGAGAAGGGGACUGUGCUGUCGCUUUAUUUUGAAAGUCAAGUGUAAAGCGGAGCAAAGCACAAUUGUUUUUUUUUUGCCACACUUCCUGCUAGAAUGACCUUACUCUGUAAAUAUGUUCCAUUUCAAAUAAACUUUUAUUUUGUUUUAACAA